CCUUCCUCUUCUCGACUCUUCGUUUUCCGCGUGAAAUUUUGAGCCUGUUGCGGAAAUCGGCGUCGACGAUCGUACGUUGAUUCUUCGGGUUCGAAGCUCUCCCACGGUAGAAGUUCGUUUCUUGCUGCCCUCUGGAAUUGGAUUGGGAUCAUGAACCGGUAGUUUCGUCGCCUGCCAUUCGUUCUUGGAUGGAAGUGGCUGAUCCGCUUCGAUCAUCGAGGUCGAUUUUGAUCUGCGCUGGACGACAGGAUGGUCGAUUUCGAUCUAGGGUUUCAGCUCAUCGGAAAUGGUGGGCGGCGCUGCGCGAGGACCAACCUUCGGCAGUCUGGCAGGGGGUGAAAAACAUGUAGUCAGAUAACAUUCUGGAAUGGCGAUGUUUCCUUCUUCACAUGUCAUACUUCUGUUUGGGUUCUUCUGGCAGGCGCUGCUGAAGACCAGAGUUGAGUUGUCCAUAAAAUGAAGCAGCUUGUUAGGCUUCUACUAAAGACACAGCUGAGUUGCUCUGUGCCCCAUCAGAGGAUCCCUCUGGACUUUAUGAAGCACAUUUAAAAAUCCUAUUGAUGGUUGAUUAAAUGAGGGACUUUUUCUUUGGCAGAAUUACUGCAUUCAAUCGACUCAGCCUUCACUACUUGGAAGCAUUCUUAGCAGUUGCUUGGCAUUUGAGCUCCCAAUGGAGCUUCGCCCACUAGCCUUCCUUUGGACUUUAGGGAAGAGAGAGAGAGAGAAAGAGUGUGUGUGUGUGUGUGGGCGCAAAAAGCCUGCAAUCAUCCUUCACGAGGAGCAGCAGCGCUAUCAUGGGAUCAUUUGGUGGCUUCCUUAUUCUUCUCCACAACGCCAUUAUUCUAUUGCCCUCACCAUAUCUCAACUCAGAAACCAAAUGUAAAAGCAUGUCACACAUCCUAUGUGACUGUCAAAAGAGUUCCACCUCUGUCUCACUGUAAUAAAAGCCUCCCCUUAUCUUCCACCCAAUUCUCCCAAUUACUUCUUGGAUUCAUCGGCUUAUAUAUACUCUUCUUCUUUGCCAUCACUCUUGGAUCCACUUCAGUGUCCUCUAUCUCUCUUCCUUUGCACUCCAUGGAUAACAUCAGCAGCUACUCCGGUAGCAGCUCUUGGGAUCUCGAGAUGAUGCGCAUGGCGACUCAGUUCCAACCCCACAUCAAUUCUCCAUGCUUCGCUUACGCCCGCAGGGAGGCGGAAGGGAAGCAGGAAGAGGAAGAAGAAGAAGCUCUGGGCGCCGUGAAGGAGAUGAUGUACCGGAUCGCCGCCAUGCAGCCGGUGGACGUCGACCCCGCCACCAUCAGGAAGCCCAGGCGCCGCAACGUGCGCAUCAGCGACGACCCGCAGAGCGUGGCCGCCCGGCACCGGCGCGAGCGGAUCAGCGAGCGCUUCCGCAUCCUGCAGCGCCUCGUCCCCGGCGGCACCAAGAUGGACACCGCCACCAUGCUCGACGAGGCCAUUCGCUACGUCAAGUUCCUCAAGCGGCAGGUGCAGCAGCUGCAGCCCACGUCGGCCGAGGCUCGCGCUUCCUCCUCCUCGCCCUCCUCCUCCGCCAUGGGACCUCCUCCGGGAUUAGGAUUUGGCGCCCAUGUCCAGGGCGGCCACCGCCCCAUGCACUAAGCUGCAAGCGGCCAGCAAGCAGCAAUGGGCGGAGAUGAUCUCUAUAUAGCCAAGUCAUAAGGUGCAACGAGGAUAGUGUACGAGCUACGCAUUAAAGAUGUAAUGCUUGGGGUGCAAUAGGAAGGUGCACACAGGGCUACCAUUGUGUUCUUGCCUCA